AUGGACACGUCAGUAUAUUCUCAUGCCUUGGAUAUCUGGGCCAAGGCAGACUUGACUAAUCUUCAAAAGGAUUUAGAUGCUGAUGUUAUAGAGAUUAAGGAUAAAGAAACCCAGUCGUUGAAUUCCAGAAAAUAUUUAGCCACUGAGACUAAAAAAUUCAAGAAGCUUGAAUCCGAGGAGAAAUUGAACAAUGUAAAUAAAAUCAUCAAGCAAUAUCAACGUGAAAUUGAUAAUCUGACACAGAGAUCAAAAUUUUCUGAAAAGGUUCUAUUUGACGUUUACGAAAAGCUUUCUGAGGCUCCCGACCCUCAGCCCUUACUGCAAAGUUCAUUGGAAAAAUUGAGCAAAAUUGACGAUUCAAAGGAACUCAAAGAAAAAAUAAGCUACCUGGAAGACAAGCUUGCCAAAUAUGCUGAUUAUGAAACUUUAAAAUCAAGGCUAUUGGACCUAGAACAAAGCUCAGCGAAAACAUUAGCCAAGAGGUUAACAGCUAAAACCCAAGAAAUCAAUUCCACCUGGGAGGAGAAGGGUAGAAAUUGGAAAGAGAGAGAGACUGACUUGCUAAAACAAUUAACCAAUGUACAGGAGCAAAAUAAGGCACUAGAGGCAAAAAUAUCCAAAAAUAUCGAUAUCGAAACCAAUGGAGAAAAAGGAGAAUACACGCAAAACAAUCUGGAGGAAAUGGCCACAAAGAUUGCGGAAUACAAUUUAAUAACACAGGAAUUGGGAUCUACGCAGGCUAGAAUUUAUCAAUUAGAGAAGAGAAAUGAAGAAUUGAGUGGGGCACUUGCAAAGGCAACUAGUGAAGCAGAAAAAGAGUCCGAGUUACAUGCAAAGGAAUUAAAAUUGAACCAAUUGGAGAGCGAGAAUGCGUUGUUGAGCGCAUCUUAUGAACAAGAACGGAAGUUGACUUCUCACGCAAUAAGUGAAUUAAGAGGGCAACUAAAUGGCAUUAUGGCCGAAUCAGAGUCUUAUAAAUCGGAGCUGGAAACUGUCAGAAGAAAACUCAAUAACUAUUCUGACUACAACAAGAUAAAGGAGGAGCUUUCAGCUUUGAAAAAAAUUGAAUUUGGAGUGAAUGAAGACAAUUCUGACAGCGAUAUUGAUCCCGAAAAUAAAAAUGAUAAUACCAUUGAAAGCUCUCUACUGUCUGCCAAUAGAAAACUCCAGGCCUCUCUAGCAGAAUACCGCUCAAAAAGUACUGCUCAAGAGGAAGAACGUGCUCAAUUGAAAAAAGCCGUGGAUCAGCUGAAACAGCAAAUAACUACUCUUGAAGAGGCAAACGAGAAAUUAGAAAUGGAUCUAGAAAAGGUAGAAAAUGUUGAUCCUCAGUUUAACGACGCUGUAAGUAUGAUGUCUGGUGCAACAAGACAAAUAAACAAUCGUACAUUUCAUAGACUUUCACCAACAAGCUCUAUUGUUGGUAUUCCUGAGGAAGGAGAACCAACUGGAAACCAUUCCACGAUUUUACCUAUAGUUACCAAACAAAGGGAUAGAUUCCGUUCCAGGAAUCUGGACUUGGAAAAGCAACUGAGACAAGGAAGCUCAGAAAAGGGUAAGCUCAAGCUAGAGAUUUCGAAGCUAAAAGGCGAUAACACGAAGCUUUACGAACGGAUCAGGUAUUUGCAAGCCUGCAAUGGUAGUAAUACUCCUGUCAUCCCUAGACCGGAAAGCAUUGACGUAGAAUCACAAUAUUCCAGGGUGUACGAAGAAUCUCUGCACCCAAUUGCAAAUUUUAGACAGAACGAAUUGAACCAUUACAAGAACAAAAAGUUAUCUGCCUUAGAAAAGCUAUUUUUGAGUUUUUCAAAAGUUAUUUUACAGAACAAGACGACAAGAAUGGUGUUUCUAUUCUAUUGUAUCGGUUUGCAUGGGCUUGUUUUCAUGAUGAGCAUGUAUGUAAUUAAUCUCAGCGGCUACAUGACGCCAGAAGUGGGUAUAGUCCAAUCGGCAAGGUCUUCUGCAAGCGCCAACGGAGGCUUGGGAACAGCAGGAAAAUUGGCAGCAGGUGCUGAUUCCGUUCCUGGAAUAAAUUGA